GUUAUGUUGUCUAUAUUUAGGUAAAAUGUAAUUAGUAACAUAAAAUAAUAGUGAUAGUGAUUGAAAACCGAAGAUGACCACAUCACCCACUAGGACCAAACAAAAAUUAUCACUGCGAAAGCGACUGUUCGUGAAAAAAUCGCCGAAAGUUGGAUGCUAUGUGGAUACUGAUUCCAAUGAAGAACUCAGUCAAACCACAUCUCGGCCUAUGUCUCCUGCUGAUCCAUUUUUAGCCCAAAGUGUUCAAAACUCAGAGCUAAAUACAGAACAAUCGAAUCAUGUCAAUUCGAGCUCGGAACGUGUCAGUGCCAAUUCCCAUCAACAUAUCGAUCAGAGCUCGAAUGAGGACGAAAAAAACGCUAAAUGCUGCAAAACCUUCUUCAGAAGGUCCCGACCGAAGAGUUUAUUCGAGGGCCAGUCGUCAAAAGAAGAAUCUUCGGGUCAUUUAAGUCCAGCGAAUGAUUCAAGCAACAGUUUGAGUGACAACACAGCGAAUAACUCUCAUUCGAAAUCCAACGACAUACCUAAAGUAACAGUGAAUUUUCCUAAGAGUGAGGAGACGAAAAAGUAUUUCGAACAUUCUGGUUCUUUUGAGGGUAUAAAGCCCAAAAGUAAGUUGUUUGUAAAAAGACUGUCGGCUGAUCAUUUGAUAUCUACUGAAACAAAACCUCUGUUUCGUUCCUCAUCUCCUGAAAGUGAUAGAAGCAGCUCAUUAGAUCGUAAAAGAAGGGCGCAAUCAACAAUUACACGAUCUAUUUCAAGGGCUGGGAGCACAGAUAGCUUGGUCCGUAACUCGCUGCUUGCCGCACAGGUUCUACGACUCAUACCCACACAAGAGGCUAGGCAGAGGAAUUAUUUAUAUGGAAGACUAGCGUCACACUCACUGCUGGGGGCUGCGGAGUUAGAACAUGUGUUUCCAGAAAGAGAAGUUAAAAUAUUUGUUGGUACAUGGAACAUGAACGGCCAAGCUCCACCAAAGGAGCUGGCAGAUUUUAUAUUCCCAAAUGAAGUGAAGCAUGUACCAGACAUAUUUGCUAUAGGCACUCAGGAGUCUUACUCCGAGAGAAUGGAAUGGGAGAUUACUAUACAAGAAGUACUGGGACCUUCACAUCUUUUGUUACAUUCUCAUUACUUAGGUACAAUUCACCUCACAAUAUUCAUAAGAAGAGACCUGAUAUGGUUUUGCUCGCUCCCCGAAGACGCUAGUCUGUCCGUGCGACCCGGGACGGCCUUUAGAACGAAAGGGGCCGUAGCUAUAUCCUUCGCAUUAUUCGGUUCUACGUUUCUUUUCGUGACGGCUCAUCUCACUGCCCAUCAGGAGAAAGUCAAAGAACGAUUGUCUGAUAUCAAAAGAAUUAUACGGUCAAUAGACUUGCCAAAGAAUUUACCUUGUAGACAUAGGAGUAAAGAUGUGACGAGUAACUUCGACUAUGUGUUCUGGUGUGGUGACCUAAACUUCAGACUGGGGGAGCCGCGAGCCGCCGUCAUGAGGUGGAUAGAACAGACGCAGUUCCCCCUGCCCCCGCACCUGCCACACGGGCUGCUGCACACGGACCAGCUGACCGCCGUGCUGGAGGACGGCGCCGCCUUCCGCGACUUCCGUGAGGCGCCCGUCACCUUCCCCCCCACUUAUAAGUACGACCCGGGCAGCCAGCAGUUCGACACGUCUAGCAAGCAGCGCGCGCCCGCCUACACCGACCGCAUACUGUACAAGGCGCGAGGCAUGACGUCCAACAACUCCGCCUUUUCAGGUCUACGUCGUCUGAGCGCGGCGCCCAUGACGGUGGGCGCGGUGCUGCGCUGCCUGGCGUACAACUCGGUGCAGUCCGUGGUCACGAGCGACCACAAACCCGUGUGGGCGCUGUUCUCCGCGCCGCUGCGCCCGGGGACUGACGUUGUGCCCCUUGCAGCUGGUCUGUUCAACCGCGAAGUAUACUUAGAAGGUAUAAAACGCCGAAGAGCGCUACUCGACCACGCCCCAGGUACAUCCGCCAUUUGUUCGAUACAGUAGCUUUUGCCGCCAAAAUAUAUUAUGUUAUAAUAAAAAGUAUAAAUAAGUACUUACCUCGAUUCUACUAAAUUAUGCAUUCAUGCAGAGUUGUUACUUGUUUGAUCCAAUUUACGAUCAAACACCAAGAAAAGUUUUCACAAAUGAGAAUAGUACUAGUUUGUAGUUGAUAGCAAAUGUUCUGGAUGAAAUAAAGAACGAAGCUGCAAAAACGAGGUACUAUAGUCAAAGAUUUAAACCAAUAGAUACAUCAAUGCGAAUUGCACUAGUCAAUUAACCUAUCAAUCCCCAAGCGGCACCCGGCUGACGCAUAAC